GGUCUUAUUUUCGUGGACAGAUUUUGGGCAGAGUAAACCAUCUCGUUUCGUCUCGUCCUCUCUGGUAAGGUUUGUCCCUGGCCUGACCGACACCGGUAUUUGUUUACUUUACUGAGCACAGAGAAGGACGAUAUUUUAAGGGGCUGUCGUCGUAUGGGAAAACCCGAAAGCGCAAUUUAUGCACCCUCAUCGACCCAGGACAUCGAGCUUAGAAUAAAUAGAUUACUUUAUGAACGUUUUUAUAAUAUAGACUAAACGCGGCCUUUUUUGUUGCGUCUAGGCCUGUUUGGAUAAGUGAAUUGCUUCGAAUAGCCAAUCCGAAGUGGGCGAAGAUCAGUGUUUUCAGCAGUAACCUACAGAUUCAAUGAUCCGUUCUCCAAUUUGAGGUUGUAGUAAAAUAACCCACAUAAAAUAUAAUGGCAGCCUCAACAACUGCCCGGAGAAUGCCGAUGGGUGUGCGGACAUUCAGUGAAUUUCUGGAGAUUGCUGUUGGCUCAGGUCGCUCACCUUGUCACACCGCGGGAUCAAGAGAACAUAUGAGACAAACCAUCAGACACUUGUCAUCAUGUGGUAUUGUAAUGACCAGGACUCCCAGAGUGCUUUGCCACCAGCAGGACUGGGACAUGAUGACAUCAGUUCCCCACAGCAGAACCUUCAUGGGGUUCACCAAUAAGAGAAAGGAGUACUCGGAGCGGAGGAUACUGGGGUACUCUAUGCUGGAGAUGUAUGAUGUGGUAGCCAACGUGGAUGACUACAAACUUUUUGUCCCCUGGUGUAAGAAGUCCCAGACCAUCAUGAAGAGGGCAGGCCACUCCAAAGCUCAGCUGGAGGUGGGGUUCCCACCCAUUGUAGAGCGAUACACAUCCAUGAUCAGUGUGGUGCGACCCCACAUGGUCAAAGCGGUGUGCACAGACGGAACACUUUUCAACCACCUGGAGACAAUAUGGCGCUUCAGUCCUGGCAUCCCUGGUUAUCCCCGCACCUGCACUGUGGAUGUUUCGAUCUCGUUUGAGUUCCGUUCCUUGCUCCACUCCCAGUUAGCAACUGUGUUUUUUGACGAGGUGGUAAAAAAGAAUGUGUCUGCCUUUGAGCGCCGGGCCGGCACGCUCUACGGCCCACAGACUUGCGUCCCACGGGAAUUAAUGUUCCAUGAGGUACACCAAACGUGAGGUCCAUCUGGCAUUGUGUGCCCUUGCCCCAAAACCAGCCUGCACCUUCACCCUGGCAGUCCCCUGUAUCACCUAGCUGGAGCAGCAGGACACUACACGACCCAGCCCCCAUCAACCGCCUUCAGUCUCCAUUACCACCAAGGCCCAGAUACCAAUAGCCUGGUCCUAGGUCUGUUUGUGCCGUCUUGCCAACUCCUAUGGUCACAUUGGCAUGACAAACAGCUCUUCUGAGAUCUUGGACCAUCUGUGACAGCAGAUCUGUGACCAGGCUAAGCUGCCACUAGUGCAUCCUCCUCACAUUAUAGAGUAAGGACCAAGCAAUCAGUGUGGGCAUCUGCCUGGCUUAUCACCCUACACAACUAUAGUUGACUUGAAAGUCCAUUAUCUUAGCCUGGAUCAUUUUCUUGUAAAAAGCUGCCAUCUACCUCCUCACAAGGGUUACUCUUCAGCACAGACCCCUUGUUGCAUUGACGUGUGUGUGCAAUUUUAAAAUAAUAAUCCUUUUAAGUCUGGUUGUAAAACAAAAAAGCCACUACGCAAAUCAGAAUAGAUGGAAUUUAUUGCUGUGUAAUCAUGAGUGAGCAGGACACUAUUGAGUGAACGAAUGACAUGGACGAUUUUGAGUACGUCAUAGUAUAUGACUGCUUUAGACACUGUAGAUUGCUGAAGAGUGGGUGCAGGUGCACUCCACUGACCUGCUAGGUUAUAGUCAUCCAAUCCUGUAAAAUAAUAUAUAUUAAAGGGGCAAUCCAUAGUUGAAACAAUAACAAUUUUAAGCAUGCUCCACAACCACUGUUUCAGUAAAAAGCUGAGAGAUUGGGUUGGAUAAAUGUAACAACUCUCAAAUUCAUAGACAGAUCUAUGGAUACCUGGACUGACUAUCCAUGAUAUCAAAAUUAUAGUUUUAACCAUGCCGAUGUUAAAAUACAUGUUGAGGCUAUACAGUUAUUUGUAUUUUUACAUUUGCUUUGUUUGCUUGUUUACAAACAUUGGUAAUAAAACAAGUUUAUAUUUUGGUUUCUGAUGGGGUAAGCUCGUGAGGCGUUUAAGUUAUUUGUCAAGAAUCAAAUGAAUUCUAUGUCCAAAAAUGGAUUCAGCAACUGCAGAUUGCCCCUUUUUUUAAAAAUAUAUUUUAAAUGUAUUGUUUAUACCAAGAAGUGCUUUUUAAAAAUUAUUUAUUAUAUAUAUUUUUUUAAAUAGCAAGCCAACUGCUUCCUUUGUGUGCUUCAUUUUUCAUAGAUUAAAACAAUCAUUGGUAAUUUGCACCUUACACACAUUAAGCACAUUAAUUUGUCUUCAAUGUUAAGCUUUAUGUAAAUAUGGAGAACAGGAGCUGUGAAAAUUCUAUAAAGUGUCAACACAAGCUGCCUAGCGAGUUCAUAAAUGAAACAAGACAAAGUAUUGCAAUUAUUUAUGCAUGCACGAUAUGGCUACUUGUGUAGGAUAUUUUCUUUGGAAUUGCAUUUCUGUUUGUUUUGCCUUUGUUUUAAUGGGAAGACAUUUGAAUUUCAUUUUAGUUCAUGUGUAAUAACAAAGGGCUCAGUCAAACCGAUUUGUUUAAAUAUACCGGUAUGUAUUUGCCCUCUGCUAUGAUGGUGGCAUUUACUCUCAGGUGUCAUGAAAGGUGAACAUAGGAAGCAAGUGUACGUCUUUUAAGAUUUAAGACUAUCCGUUUGUUAUUAAAGCAAGAAUCCCGGACUCAUAAGAAAUGUCUCAAUACUUCGAAGCAACUUCCUGUCUUUAUCCAGUCUCCGGCAUCAAACACAGGUAGUAGUACUGCUUUUGAAUCAAAUUGCACUUGACAAGUAGAAGCAAUGUAGUACAAGCCACAAAGCUAGGUGUUGAUGCCAUAUUGCAUUCAUUUACCCAGUCCUUUCUUAUCAGUGAGCUGUAAGAGACUGGAUAUGGAAAAUGAAACUAUUAAGUGUGUGUGAAUAUAAGGCAAUUGCAUUUGUGUGCAUGUUGUGUGUAUUGUAAACGAAGAUGGAAGAGGUAGAAUGAAUCAUCCUACUGUAUUCAUGAUUAGGCCUAUCUUUACUUAUUUCAAUUAGUUCUAAGUGAGCAAUAAUGCACAGAUGGGUGUUGAGACCCAUGCAGUGUAUGAGCAUAGUAUGUUGUUUGAGUUUUGCAUGCUGAUCAAAGUUGUUUUGCCUGUUAAUCAUACUUUAGUGUGUAUGCAUUUCCACCUGUAGCCAUGGUAUCAGUUGUACAGCAAACACUACAGUGUACUGUGCUCUCCUUUUUCUUUUCCAUUAGAAAUUCUGGUUUUGACCAUGAGCAACUGGACACUGCUCAAUACAAAAUGAGUUAUCAGUGGAAUAUUGGGAAUAUGUGUGCAUGCAAUGUAGUUAUAGAGCCAACGAUAUUUCCACCACUCGUAAAUGUUGUUUAAAAAAAUAAAAUGGGAUUGUUCCCGACGAUAUACUUUUUGAGAAUCAUGGGAGUGUAAUGUAAUCUAGCCAUAAAUCACUGCUUUCAGAAGUUGUGGCAUGUAGCAAGCUGUUCAGGUCACCUUUGGGAUUUGCUCAAGUUAGAAAACUUUGGCAGGUGGUGUAGAGCUGUGGGGACUCGUGUUAAGAAUGCCUUGGUUUGUCGCUAUGUAGCAAGGGACGUGCAGGGGUGGGUGUGAUGCGGCCUUUUCAAAAGGAAACCAAAGCGCAAGCAACGAGAGCAGGGUGUUGGUAUCUGGGCCAGUUAUUAAUAACGACACAGAGAGGAGAGUUAAAAUACCUAUUUUCCUAUUAUUACUAGGAUUACAAAUCUCCCGUAAACCACCAUAUAUAUCUAUGACACUCAAAUCACAAAAUAAGAAAAACAAUUACUUGCAUGUUGCAUGAUACUUCACCUAACCAGAACAAUAUCAAUUGAUUGAGGACAUGAAAUAAAGUUCACUAAAAGCCCCACUUCCUUGUUAAUAAUUCAGCUAUCUAGCCUUGUAAACAGAAACAGGCUUGGCCUGGUGCAGAGCCUCAUGACUACAGUUGGGCCUUAUGCAACAGCAGUUGACACUAAUUGGUUGUUUCAUUGUGUGUAACAUUAUCCUCUGGCUGGUCUCAUGACUGCAGUUCUUCACAGAGGCAGAGCUGAGACUUGCUGGGCAGAUUUGACACUGCCCUUAUGGUAAACCGGCUGGUUGUGUGUGCUUCUACAUGCACAGUAUAUUCCUUAAUUUCAACACCUAGAAAUCCCAGACUAUCAAAAUCCUAUCAUGUACAGUCAUCCAGGAAUGGAUUACCAGUGACUUUGGAAUUGUCCAUCUGUUAUUCAAUAAAGCUAGUCAGUUUCUAACCUCUUUACACACAAGUAAAAACAAACAUGACACCAAGUGUUAUUAAAAUCAUUUAUUGGUUUUCCAUUUUUGUUGUCCUCGGCUCCUUUCUCCCAUUUGACCUAUCCAGCCCCAUCCCGCUAUAGUUUCCCAAAUGCAUCCAACUUCAAUGGCUCUUCCCUGGUUUCACAGUCUCCUACACCUGCUUUGAUCAGAAACAACCAGAUGUUCCACAAGACAAAC